CGCGGAAUGCUUGAAACAAGAAUUGCAUCUGAUUUAAUCGUCAUGUUCUCUGCACUAAUUCCAAUUAAAGACAUACUGCUGCCGGAUCCGCAUGCAAAAUUAUGCUGACCAGGGUGUAUUUUAAACGCUUUAGGGUAUCUUUUCUUCUAACCAUUUUUUAUUUAUACACUGACAUUUUGCUAAAUGCUACCUUUUUUAAUUGUUUCAAUCAAACAUAUAAAUCCCGUUAAUAUUUGCAUUUUUAUUUACUUGGGAACGAUCUUAGGUUUCACGCCUUUUACUGUGUACGGAUGCUGAAGUUAAAUUCUAUUUUUUGCAUGUUUUUGAAUUGCAGUAAAACGUGCAGCUUUGUUUUACAUGUGUAUUUUUUUUAUGUGAAAGCUUUGUAUUCGAAAAACAGUUGAGGGUAUUUUUCUCCUCUUUUGAGAUGAUUAUUCGUGGCUGAACUAAAAUAAUCAGAUUCCCUUCAAUAAUAUUUGUGGGGCUUGGGCAGAUGUUGGCAACAGUGACCCUGCUGUGGGUGGGUAAGGCAUGCAGGGUGGUAAAGUAUCCUGACCUCGACUACAGUAUGCCUCGAAAGGUUUUUCCACUACCUCUCUUGUACUUGGGUAACCAAAUGACAGGACUUCUUGGCACUAAGAAACUGAACCUCCCAAUGUUUACAGUCCUAAGGAGGUUUUCUAUUCUAUUUACAAUGAUAGCGGAAGGCAUAUUGCUCAAUAAGAGUUUCACUCGAUCUAUUCAGAUGACAGUAUUUGCAAUGUUGCUUGGUGCAAUAAUUGCUGCCAGUUCUGACAUGGCAUUUGAUUCUUUGGGAUAUGGAUACAUUCUUACAAAUGAUGUACUAACAGCUGCCAAUGGAGCUUAUGUAAAACAGAAAUUGGAGUCAAAAGAGCUGGGAAAAUAUGGACUGCUUUAUUACAAUGCCCUCUUUAUGAUUUUGCCUUCUUUGGCCAUCGCCUAUUUCACAGGAGAUCUACAGAGGGCAAUUGAUUUUGAAGGCUGGUCAAAUGGAAUGUUUGUUUUCCAGUAUCUGGUGUCCUGCAUAAUGGGAUUUGUUCUCAUGUACUCUACAGUUCUGUGCACACAGUAUAAUUCUGCUCUUACCACCACCAUCGUUGGCUGUGUUAAGAAUAUUUUGGUGACUUAUAUUGGAAUGUUUCUUGGUGGAGACUAUAUAUUCACAUGGACUAACUUCAUUGGUUUAAAUAUCAGCAUUGCUGGAAGUUUGGUAUAUUCCUAUAUUACAUUCACAGAGGAGCAGUCAACCAAGACACCCAGCAGCAACACUGAAACCAAGGGAAAAAUUGCUGUUUGAGCAGAGCAUCUCGAUUAACAUUUUUGUUCCUUUUAAUUUCUUUAAGAAAGGUAUCUAUGACUAUAGAUUAAUGUAAUUAUAUGCUGUUUUAAUUUUGGUACAAGUUUGUUACAAUGUUGAUAGACCAAAUAAAGCCAAACUAGUACAAAAUGGCCCAUUUUUAAUGUGCUACAGUUUGGUUUUAAAACAUUAUACAUUCCCCUACAGGUUCUAUUUUGUCUCGGCCCCAAAGUUCCCAAUAGAUAUCUCCACUGGGGCAUCUUAAUCUGUUUUUACAAUAUUUAUUGUUUGUCUGUUUGCACCUCUUUUUAAGAACAGCGAAAGAACAGUACAAUAAUCUGGCAAUCUUAGAGGUAGAUAAUAUGUUCUGCUUACAAUGGUUUUAAUUAAAUGAUGACUGAAUUGUAGAACUACCAAUUUUGAUAACACUUUUAAGUGGAGGAAGUCAGAGUACCGAUAGUUUUUGGCAUCGAUUUAAAAUUUGUACUUGUGGAUUGAGAGGCUGAGGAUAUCUUGGAGCAUUGGGUGCAAGCCAACUAUCUCAUGCACUGUGGCUACCAAAUUUGGUCCAUGAACAGAUAUCUUGUAUUCAAUGAAUCAGAUAUUUGUAAGUAAACAAUCUUGUUCGUUUACAGAAAGAAAUGUUGCAGUAAAGUGUGGGAUAAUUUUCUAGGUUUCAAAUGGUAGAAACUGACUUUGGGGAGCAAGAAUGUUGUUGACAUAAAUAUCUUAUUGGUACACCUUCUGCUGAAAUUCCCAGAAAUAGCUUUGCUAAGUACUACAUUUAACAAUGCAGUUCAGAUAAUCAUAACAUCACAAGGGUAGUUUUAGUGGAGAAUUGUUUUUUCAAAAUAAAUUUAGUGCUGCGUUUGAACUGCCUUUUUUUAAUUAAAUAUUUUGAAAUCUGAAAAAAUCUGUCAAACAAUUUAAUGAGUGUUGCACAAGCGAGUUGUGUUAAACACAACUGAAUUGUAAGAACAGUUUUGGAACUAACAUUUUUAACAUUAAAGCAAAGCUAUUUAAAAAAUGAAUAGGUGGUGUUUCGGGUUGGGACCCUUCAAAAAAUUGUUUGAUGCUUUCUAAGUCUGCUAAACAAUUGAUAAAAUUGGAAGAUUAGAAAAUGUUGGUUCACAUUAAACCUCUUGGCCCAUUCAGUUGUAACUUUUCAUGAAAUAUUUAAAUUUACUUCAAACAACUCAUUCAGUACCUGGAUGAACCAAAGUAUUUAAUAAUUAAUUGUUCUGUACUUCUGACAGGUUGCUUAAAUCUACUGUGUGUUUGUGACAACUUCAUAACAUUUUUAAAUAUAAUGUAUGUGGAAUAUAAAGCUUGUAGGAAAAAGUAUGAAUAUGAGGAAUCAAGGAGACAGUUACAUUUGUAAUGUAUGUACAGGUGCACAACCUUUUAUCCGGUGUUCCGGAAACCGAAAAACUCCGAAAACCGGCCAUUUUUUCCAGGAUGUCGUCUGCACACCAAAGCUCGCGUUUGGGGUCAAACUUGACCCGAAACGACCCACGGUCAACCCAGGCAGUCGCUCCAGACUUUUCAAGCCACCUGCGCUACCUACCUAAUCUACGCUAAAAAUCUUCCAUUCGGCAAUCCGAAAAUGUCCGAAAUCCGACAAGUGUCUGGUCCCAAGGCUUUCGGAUAAAAGGUUGUGCACCUGUAUAAGUUUUAAUGAGCAUUUUUAAAUGUUCAAUUUCCGAAAUGCAUAUUGUCAGAAUAUGGCAUUUGUAAAUCAUGUAUGUAAUAAGAAGUAUUGAAAUCGUGAGAUCAAUUGAAAAUCAAUUAGUUAAGUCUACAUUAUGGAAAUAAGAAACGACACCGUCCAGAAUAAUUAACACUUGCUAAAUUGUAGUACCAUUUUGCUUUUGUUCAGCACUAAAUCUCUAUUUAACGUUGCAACAAGGUUUCCUUUAUAUUUCUGCAUUGUCAGCUAAGUGGUUUAGUGAUUUUCAAAAUGCUUUUAGUACUGAAAAUAUGGUGAUCAGUAAACAUGUAUAGUUUAAUGUAAGUAAACACUGAAGUGCCUAGUCAUUGAAUUAUUUUUUUAAUAUUUGGGUAUUUGUAAUGUGGAUGCAUUUGGAAAAUCUAGAUUUUCUUAAAUUAAUUACUACCGAUGAUGUAUUGCUUGUGCAAUUUCCCAUAAUGUAUAAAGGACGUGUUCUACUUUGUUUUUAAUAGUUGUACUUCAUCCUUUCAUUGAAUGAAAUUUGGAUUUGAAAAAUAUUUUGUAACAAAUACAGCUUUUUUUUUUAAACUAA